CUUCCUCCCUUGUGUGCUCUCUCUCUGUCUCUGUCUCUCUCUCUCUUGCUACAUCUUUGUUGUUUCACUUGCCGCCUUCCAGCUAAAAUGGCUUAUCAGUCUUCUGUAAAGGUCCAGAAGAAGUGCUUCAGCAAUUCAUCUGCCGUCAUCCCUAACUCAUGCCGAACUAGUUUCGGCUCCAGUGCUGGGUCCAGAACUGGUAGCUAUGGUGCUGGUGCCGGUUUGGGUAGGAUCGGUGGUAGAGGUAGCUUUGGCAGUCGAAGCCUGUAUAGCUUAAGUGGAUCUCAGAGGAUCUCAGCUGCCGGUGGGGGUGCCUGUUUUGGAAGUGGGAUUGGCGGGGGAUACGGGUUCGGUAGUGGCGCUGGCAGUGGAUAUAGGUUUGGUGGCAGCGUAGGUGGCGGAAACUAUGGGAUCGUUGGAACUGGAAGAGGCAGCCCCGGUUUCCCAGUUUGUCCGCCCGGUGGAAUCCAAGAAGUGACUAUCAACCAGCACCUGUUGGCUCCUCUCAACCUGGAGAUUGACCCCACCAUCCAAAGAGUCCGUAAAGAGGAGGGGGAGCAGAUCAAGACACUCAACAACAAAUUUGCCUCUUUCAUCGAUAAGGUGCGUUUCCUUGAGCAACAGAAUAAAGUACUGGAAACGAAAUGGACACUACUUCAGGAACAAGGCCAGAAAACAGUUCGAAACAACACAGAACCCUUCUUUGAUAGUUAUAUCAACAACCUCAGACAACAGCUGAACUGUCUGGAGAACGACAGAGCAAGAAUGGGGGGAGAGCUAAACAGUGUGCAAGCCCUUGUUGAGGACUUCAGGAGCAAAUACGAAGAUGAGAUCAACAGGCGUUCAACUGCAGAGAAUGACUUCGUGACCCUGAAGAAGGAUGUGGAUGGUGCCUACCUAAACAAAGUAGAACUAGAGGCCAAGAUGGACUCCUUGAACAAUGAACUCUGCUUCCUCAAAGCCCUGUAUGAAGAGGAACUUGCCCAAAUGCAGACUCAAAUCACCGAUAUGUCUGUGGUUCUCUCCAUGGACAAUAACCGCAACUUGGACCUCAACAGCAUUAUUGAAGAAGUCAAAUGCCAGUAUGAAGAUAUUGCAAACAGGAGCAGAGAGGAGGCUGAAUCUUGGUACCAAAGCAAGUAUGAAGAGCUCCAGGUUACUGCUGGAAGGCACGGCGAUGAUCUCCGCAACUCUAAGCAGGAGAUUGCUGAAAUCAACCGACAUAUUCAGAGACUUCGAGCUGAAAUUGACAGUGUGAAAAAGCAGUGUGCCACUCUGCAGGCAGCCAUUGCUGAGGCGGAAGAGCGUGGUGAUUUGGCCCUCAAGGAUGCAAGGAAGAAACUGGCUGAUUUGGAAGAUGCUCUUCAGAAAGCCAAACAGGACAUGGCCCGGCAGCUGAGGGACUACCAGGAACUGAUGAACACCAAGCUAGCCCUGGACAUUGAAAUUGCCACUUACAGGAAGCUUCUGGAAGGAGAGGAAUGCAGGCUGGGAAAUGACACCGCAAAUGCAGUCAACAUCUCGGUUGUGUCUUCAACCAUGGCUCGGAGCGGUGCUGCCUGCAACAAUCAAGGCUAUGGAGUUGGAAGCGGCUUCAGCAUGGCAGGAGGAAGUGGAUUCGGUGCGGGAGCGGGGUGUGUAGGCCUUGGGAGCGGACUUGGUGUUGAAGGAGGCUUCAGUUCCGGGAGCGGGAGAGGCAUCGGAGGAACGGUGAACCUUGGAGGUGGCAGCUGCUCUAGCGUGAAAUUUGUUUCGAGCUCUUCUCAAAGAAGCUGCAGAAAAUGAAGUGCAGACUCCCUCAGUUUUUCCGAAUGAAAUCUCCACUGGUCUCUGGCACUGUACUUGGCCUCGCCCAUAUCUGUCAUGCCACAGACAGACAUCUGCUCCUAAUGUGUUAACUUCUUUUGAAAACAUCCAGCUUCUUUUCAUCGUACCUGGCAAUACCCAAAAUUCUGCUUUUACAGACAUUGUAAAUUGCACCGAGCUCUGCCUUGAGCACUUUUUGCACUAAUGCACAACCUGCCCCUUUUCUUUUUCUCAGAAUACUUCCAAAUUUUGUAUAAACUAGAGCAGUUUGUUCUUGAUUAGGUUGUUUGAUGCCUCCCUUCACUUUAUGUGUUGUUGUGUCCAAUAAAAUGCAUAUUAAAGUGUA